AUGUCACGAAUCGUACCCCUACCUCAUCUCUUGACGACGUCCACGCUGGACCCGUCAUUUGAGGAUGAUAUGCGCAACACUCGCAUUCUAUACGACUACAACGGACGAGAUGAAAACGGCAACCCAGCCAAAUGGCGUUACGAGUGUUGGAUCUUCUCAGAUACUCGCCUCGUGUAUAAAAUCCACGGCGGCCCAUUCGCCGGGCGUCUCAACUACCAAGCCGUCUCAUACCAAUGCAUCCGACCCGGACACCUCUGGCAAAUCAACUGGCUCGAGGAGACGGGCACCGUCGUGUCUCUGGUGUACGACAUCCCCGGCAAGCAGGUGACGGCCCUGCUUGCCUUCUCCAAGGGGCACUGGGAACAGGCCGAGGCAGCCCGCGGCGACAAGAGGAUUGCGGACGACUUCCAGCGGUGGAGGGAUCUGGCAAAGCAGGGCACGCAGACGGACAGGUUCAUGCUGUCGAUGCAGGCCGAGAUUGUUGAAAAGCACAAGGGCGGCGGUGACCUCGUGCCUAUUCUCGAGACGGACCCUACGUUUUAG